AUGCCGUCAGACAGUGGCGGCGAGGAUGAGUCGGCUACCAGUACCGUGCCGUAUGGCGAUGGACCAGAGUACUGGGACAUGCGCUACAAAGCGGAUCCGGAGCCUUUCGAGUGGCUCCGCGGCUACACUGACCUGAAGAGCUGGAUCCGGGAGGCGACCGAUCACAACACCUCUGCAGAUGUCCUCCACUUGGGAUGUGGAAACAGUCUCCUGCCGGAAGACAUGUAUGAUGAUGGCUAUCAAAACAUCAUCAAUGUUGACAACUCUGAAGUUGUCAUAUCGCAGAUGAUGGCCCGAAAUAUGAAGAGGCCACGAAUGCUGUGGCUGCAGAUGGACGCCUUGGAUUUGUCGCUUCCCGACAACGCCUUCGAUUUAGUUCUUGACAAGAGCCUCAUUGACACCUUCGCUUGCUCUGAUGCUGAAAACAUCAUGCUCUACUUGCUGCAGGUGUCGCGAGUUCUGCGGACAGGCGGAAGGUUGCUGGUCAUUUCGUAUGGUGCUCCUGACACACGUUUAGAGUUCUUGACACCGUCGCUUCUGGGCUUCGAGGUGCAGGUGGUGGAGUUGCCCCCGAAUGAGACGAGCAAAAUGCACUAUCUGUACAUCUGCAAGAAAAUGGCUUCCCAGAAGAAGUCCCCUGCUUCGACUGCUCGUUAG